UUUAAGUGGCACUUUAACAGACAAACUUUUUUUUCUGAAAGGAAGAACUUGAACGACAGUAGGAGGGAAAACCUGUCUGUGUAUAAUGUUCAGUUUGAGAACAGAUCAUUUUAGUGCUGCAAUCUAGAGACCGAACGGAUUUAUGAACUGAAUGAAGUUUGUGUUUGAUGUUUUUCAUUGAGACAGAGUGUUUUCUAGUGCACUGUAUCUAAUAUGAGUGUCUGUGAGAGAGAGAGUGGUGAUGUUCAGACACAUGAAGCAGCAUCUCCAGAACCCAGCUGUGUGUCUAUGAAGAGUGAUGAGUCCAUACAUGUUUCACCUGAUCUCAGUGACGGAAAAAAGCAUCUGGAAAAAGUAUCUUCUGAACCCAGCUGUGUAUCAGUGAAGAGUGACGAGUCCAUACCUGUUCCACCUAAUCUCAGUGACGGACCAGGGUCCUCUGACCCUGUAGUGAAGAGAGGUGAAGUGGUCAUAUCAGGGGUCCCCUGUCUGACCUGCACUGACCCUGACUCUCAGACCCUCAUCAGACAAAGAGUUAAAAACCAACACAAAACCAACAUGAAGAACAAGUAUGAGAGCUUAUUUGAGGGAAUCAAACUAGACGAGAAUCAAACCCUCCUGAACAGGAUCUACACACAGCUCUACAUCAUAGAGGGAGUUAGUGAAGGAGUGAAUGAAGAACAUGAGGUUUUACAGAUGGAGAAAACAGCCAGAACACAAGAUACUCAAAUCUACUGCAAUGACAUCUUUAAACCCUUACAUGAACCAAAAUGUAAGGAGAAAGAUAAAAUCAAGACCGUUCUUACUAAAGGCAUCGCUGGAAUUGGAAAAACUGUCUCAGUGCAGAAGUUCAUUCUGGACUGGACAGAGGGAAAAGCCAAUCAGGAUGUAGAUUUCAUGUUUGUGCUUCCAUUUCGAGAGCUGAACUUGAUCCGAGAUCAUCAGUACAGUCUUCACAGACUUCUGCUGGACUUUCAUCCUGAACUUCAAGAACUGGACUCAAAGUUUUAUGAGGAGUGUAAAGUUGUGUUCAUCUUUGAUGGUCUGGAUGAAAGCAGAAUUAAACUGAUGUUUUCAAACAGACAGAGAGUUUGUGAUGUGAAUGAGUCUUCAUCAGUGGGUGUGUUGAUGUCAAACCUCAUCAGAGGAGAGCUGCUUCCCUCUGCUCUCAUCUGGAUCACCUCCAGACCAGCAGCAGCCAAUCAGAUCCCCUCAAAAUACAUCAACCGUGUGACAGAAAUUCAGGGAUUCAAUGAGCCUCAAAAGGAGGAAUAUUUCAGGAAGAGGAUCAGUGAUGAGCAUCAAGCCAACAAAAUCAUCUCACACAUUAGAAGAUCAAGAAGCCUCCACAUCAUGUGUCACAUCCCCGUCUUCUGCUGGAUCUCAUCCACUGUGCUUCAGAACCUCCUGAAACAAGAUGAGAGUGCAGAAAUCCCUCAAACUCUUACUGAAAUGUACAUCCACUUCCUGCUGACUCAGAUCAACAUGAGGAAUCAGAAGUAUGAUGAGAGAGAUCCAGAGAAACACCUGAAGUCCAACAGAGACGUGAUUGUGAAACUUGCCGAACUGGCUUUCAAACAGCUGAUGAAGGGCAAUGUGAUGUUCUAUGAGGAGGACCUGAUUGAGAGCGGCAUAGAUGUCACUGAUGCCUCAGUGUAUUCUGGGAUGUGCACUGAGAUCUUUAAAGAGGAAUCUGUGAUCCAUCAGAGAAAAGUCUACUGCUUCAUUCAUCUGAGCUUUCAGGAGUUUUUAGCUGCUUUCUUUCUGAUUUACUCUCAUGUUGUCAAGAAUAAUGAAUCACUGGAGUUGUUUCUGAAUGAAAGACGCAUGCGAUACAAUCAGAAAAUCUCUAGGUAUGAUCCUUCUCUGGAUGAACUUAUAGAAGUAGCAGUCGAUAAAUCCUUACAAAGUAAAAAUGGACACCUAGAUCUUUUCCUGCGGUUCCUGCUGGGCGUCUCACUGGAGUCCAAUCAGAGACUCUUACAGGAUCUACUGACACAAACAGUGAACAGCUCAGAGACCAUCGAGAGAAUCAAUCAGUACAUUAAAGACAAAAUUAAGGGUGAUGAAUGUAUCUCAGCUGACAGAUGCAUCAAUCUUUUCCUCUCUCUGCUGGAAAUGAAUGAUCAGACACUGUACAAAGAGAUUCAGGAGUUUGUGAAAUCAGAGAAUCACUCAGUGAAUCGACUCUCUCCUGGUCAGUGCACAGCAAUUGCCUACAUGCUUCAGAUAUCAGAGGAGGUGCUGGAUGAGUUUGAUCUGAAAAAAUACAACACAUCAGAUGGGGGUAGAAGGAGUCUGAUACCAGCUGUGGUGAACUGCAGAAAAGCUCUACUUGCUGACUGUUAUCUCACUGCUCAGUGCUGUAAAAGUUUGUCUACAUCUCUACAAUCAUCAAAAUCUUUGCGAGAGCUGGACCUAAGUAACAAUGACCUGCAGGAUUCAGGAGUGGAGCUUCUGUCUGAUGGACUGAAGAGUUCACACUGUCAACUCAGCAUACUGAGAUUGGCAGGUUGUAUGUUGACUCAUACAAGCUGUGAAAGUUUGUCUUCAUCUCUACAAUCAUCAAACUCCCAUCUGAAAGAGCUGGACCUGAGUAACAAUGACCUGAAAGAUUCAGGAGUGAUGUUGCUCUCUGAUAGUCUGAAGAGUGAACACUGUCAACUCAACAUAAUGAGAUUGGCAGGUUGUAUGUUGACUGGUACAAGCUGUGAAAGUUUUUCUUCAUUUCUACAAUCAUCAAACUACAAUUUGAAAGAGCUGGACCUGAGUAACAAUGACUUGAAAGAUUCAGGAGUGAUGUUGCUCUCUGAUAGUCUGAAGAGUUCACACUGUCGACUCAACAUACUGAGAUUGGCAGGUUGUAUGUUGACUGGUACAAGCUGUGAAAUUUUGUCUUCAUCUCUACAAUCAUCAAACUUCUAUCUGAAAGAGCUGGACCUGAGUAACAAUGACCUGCAAGAUUCAGGAGUGAUGUUGCUUUCUGAUAGUCUGAAGAGUUCACACUGUCGACUCAACAUACUGAGUUGGACAGGAUACAUGUUGAUAAAAGUCUGGCAUGACCUGCCUGAGUCUGGCUGUAUGGUGACAGAGGAAGGCUGUAGUUUUCUGGCUUCAGCUCUGACUUCAAACCCCUCACACCUGAGAGAGCUGGAUCUGAGCUACAAUCACCCAGGACAAUCAUUAGUCAAGCUGCUCUCUGAUCCAGACUACAGACUGGAGAAACUCAAUUUGGAUCAUGGAGGAGAGUUCAGGAUUGCAGCAGGACUCCACAAAUAUGCUUGUGGUCUCACACUUGAUCCAAACACAGCAAGCCCUUUCCUUAUUCUGUCUGAAGCGAACAGAACGGUGACAUUUGUGAAUGAGCGUCAGUCAUAUCCUGAUCUUCCAGAGAGAUUUGAAUAUGAUUAUCAGGUUCUGGUCAGAGAGAAAAAGGACAGAGUCCUGACGGUUGGUUUGGACGCAAUAAACACUCUUGGUGUUUGA